UCUACUGGAUUUUCAUAUAACCUUACUGCUCAUGAAAGACUGAUUUCUUUGAGCUGUUGUUUCUAAUUACAUAUUUGAGGCUAAUAAUAUGACGCAUAUGACUAAUUAUGACAUGACCAGUGAUGAAGUUUGAGUAGGUCCGUUUGGUACAGUUUUAUUUUAAAAGUUGUGGCCGGAAGUGUGAGGAUAAGUACCUGCAGUUUGACAACCGGUCUGUUAUUCGCCCUCUGAGGACGGUAACGCAAGCUGUCAGCUAGCCGUGCGAAGGACUCCACAACAAGGAUAACAUACGUCCGUGAAUAGUCGGGGAUGCCAGGUGUUGGUCCAUGGGUGUAAGCAGACUGGAUAUAUUUUACAGAAGGCUGCUCCUCACCAAACUCUUCAUUGGGGGAUGGGGGAAGCCUGAAGACCUCAAGAGAAUCUUUGAGUUCCGUAAGAUUAUUGGAGAUAGAGAAAAGUGCAAGUCUCUGGUGCCUAAGAACUAUCCAGUUUACAUAGACAAGACAGAGGAGCACGCUGACUGUCAGAUCCACGAUGGGUUCUUCAUCUCUCCUCUGGAGCACUUGGUUCCUGGAAUCCUGCCACCAGAGGCUGUCAAAGCCAGAAAUUUUUACAAAUUUAUUAAAAAAGAAAAACUGAAAUAUCACAUGGUCAUAAGUAUUCAUAUGGCUGGAGCUCCCUCACAUUUUUUCUGGCGUCGGCGGACCCUGAUGGCCAGGCCCAUGAUUAAAGAGGCAGGAAUGGCUUCACUGCUUCUGGAGAACCCUUAUUAUGGCUAUCGUAAACCCAAAGACCAACUGCGGUCCAGUCUAAAGAAUGUGUCAGACCUGUUUGUGAUGGGAGGGGCUUUGAUCCUGGAGUCGACAGUGCUUCUCCGUUGGCUGGAGAGAGAAGGUUACUGGCCACUAGGAAUGACUGGCAUCUCAAUGGGCGGAUAUAUGGCGUCCCUGGCGGUGACUAACUGGCCGAAGCCCAUCCCUCUGAUUCCCUGUUUGUCCUGGUCCACUGCCUCUAGUGUCUUCACCACGGGAGUGCUGAGUAAAGCAGUGAACUGGACAGAGCUGGAGAAGCAGUAUGCCAUUAACUCAGUGUUUGAAGAGGAAAUCAUUAAUCUGUUGGAGUACUGUGGGGCGGAUUCCUUUAAGAUGGGUCCAGAACUUGUGAAGAAUACAGACACUCUAGAGCAUCUGCUGGGCCUGUCUGAAGUUGACAAAGCGUCACUGGGUCAGAACUCCAAAGCUGGAGGGAAAGCUGAGGCUGGGCGAGGCCUGUUGAUUGGUGGAGGCCCUGAAGGUGCCGGGGCUGGAGACAGGCUAGACCAAUUCUUAUCAGUGAACAGCAGUGGGACGAGCUUGGGCACUCUUCCAAGAAGCCUUCAUGCAAACAACACACUGCAUGGGAAGAAGACCGAUUCAGGCAAAUGCUGUCGGCCAUCAUUACAUAGAGAAUCAAUAAGCUUCAUGAAGGGAGUGAUGGAUGAAUGUACACACAUGGCCAACUUCUCUGUCCCUGUAGACACCAGUCUUAUCAUCGUGGUCCAGGCCAAAGAGGAUGCCUACAUUCCUCGGACAGGGGUCCUCAGCCUGCCGGAGAUCUGGCCAGGAUGUGAAGUCAGAUAUCUGAAUGGAGGACACGUCAGUGCAUACCUGUUUAAACAGAACAUCUUCAGACAGGCCAUAUACGAUGCAUUCAACAGAUUCUGCCUGAAGUAUCCCAACCUGCACUAGACGUCACAGACUGUAGCCCUUUUCUCCCUGUAACAGCACUACGACCUGUGGCUGGACCGUGGAAAAAGCAGCAUCUGUCCACAGACCAGAAGCAUCAGCAUAAAGUAUGGCAGUUAAGAUCUCUUCUGCAGAGACGUGAUGGGUCUGAGCUUUACAGACUAUCCUGAGAUAAAGUUUUUAUUCUUCACAUUUCCCACUUCUAGAAAGAGAAUGGUGUGUGCCCUUGUGCAACUGUAAAAGUAUUAACAGUGUUGUGGGGUAUUCCCGCCAGCAUGUGGUUGUCAAAGAAACAUUCUGUUCCUUCAGUUCCACUUUGAUUAAAAUCACCCCCUACACAUGAGGGAUUCACAGGAAACGAUGCAGCAUGUCAUUAGAUCUCACUGUUUACUGUUCACUCCUACAGCUGUAUCAGUGCUGGAAGUUACUGCUAAUGCUAACCCAACAUGACAGGCUGCACAGCUCCAACUCCUCAGCAAUGUUCCCUGCUGUGUGUGACUAAACUAUUGGUGCAGUGUGCUGCAGUGUUGACUGUCUGCUUGGCUGCACUGUAAACAGAUACACCAGUUGCUCUACUGUACCCAAGAGAAGUGGGAACUGAUGAGGAACCUUAUAACUUUUCCUCGUCUGCCUCGAGCUUGCAGCAAAAUGUCCAACUUGGGAAGCCAGAGGAUCUCACAGGUGUAGUAUUUCCUAGAACAGCUCGGCUUUCAGUUGCUGGCUGGAGAAAAGGAAAACGCAAAAUUACCUGUUUUGUAUCUUUGUUAUUGUUAAUACUACGUUCUGAAAAGGUUAAAAGACAGCUUUGCUCACUGGUCCACCAGUAGUCUUUCUGUUGGACAUCCUGUCUGUGAAACUAGAGGGGUGGGAGUUUUUGACAGAGACAUUCUUGGACCAACAUAACAAGACGCAAUGAAGAAUGGUAAGAGCUUGGCUUAUUUAGUCCAGAUGUCAUGUUAUGUGCUACAUUUGAAAGUAUUAUGCUAUUAUGUGUUGCAUACAUAUACUUAUGCACAAAGGAUGGAUUAUGAACAUGUCUAAAAAGAACUAAAGUGUUUAAGGUUAGGACUG